GUGACACAAAAAAAAAAGUGACAGGGAAGACUAGGGUCUCUCACAACUCUUGAGGCAAAAAACCGGUACCUCAUUGCUUUCUAAACUCGCCGGAGAAAAAGACGGAAAUGCUCGCCGGUGUUCUCCGGCGUCCAUAAUCAUUUCCGGCAACAACGUCAUCCAGAUCUCCGGCAGCAACAAUGGCGCACCACAACAAAACGACGUCGUUGAUUACUCAACAAGUUCCUCUAGUCAUAACACUCAAUUGCAUCGAAGACACAACGUUAGAACAAGAAUGUCUCUCCGGCAUCGCAGUAAUCGAACACGUCCCACUCAGCCGCUUAGCCGAAGCCCGGAUCGAGUCAGCUACAGCCGUACUUCUUCACUCACUUGCGUUCCUUCCACGCGCGGCACAACGCCGGCUCCGUUCAUGGCAGCUUAUUCUCUGUCUCGGCUCCUCCGACCGCGCUGUCGACUCAGCUCUCGCUUCUGACCUUGGACUUUCUCGGCUUGUUCAUGUAGAUGUUAACCGCGCUGAAGAGGUUGCGGAUACUGUUAUGGCUCUUAUCCUUGGUUUGCUUCGCCGUACUCAUCUUCUCUCUCGCCAUACGUUAUCGGCUUCCGGCUGGCUUGGCUCCGUUCAGCCCCUGUGCCGUGGAAUGCGCCGCUGUCGCGGCCUUGUACUGGGAAUUGUUGGUAGAUCUGCGUCUGCAAGGUCUUUGGCUACCCGGAGUUUAGCAUUCAACAUGAGCGUGCUUUAUUUUGAUGUUGAGGGAAAUGGAAAAAUGAGCAGACACUCUAUUAGAUUCCCACCUGCUGCCAGGAGAAUGGAUACCCUUAAUGACUUACUCGCUGCAAGUGACCUGAUAUCAUUACAUUGUGCUCUAACAAACGAAACAGUUCAAAUUAUUAAUGCAGAUUGCUUGCAGCACGUAAAACCUGGGGCGUUUCUUGUUAACACCGGUAGUUGCCAACUGUUAGAUGAUUGUGCUGUGAAACAACUUCUAAUAGAGGGAAGCAUUGCUGGCUGUGCUUUGGAUGGUGCUGAAGGGCCACAAUGGAUGGAAGCAUGGGUAAGGGAGAUGCCCAAUGUCCUGAUACUGCCGCGCAGCGCAGAUUAUAGUGAAGAGGUGUGGAUGGAAAUAAGGGAGAAAGCUAUUUCUAUGCUGCAGUCAUUCUUCUUGGAUGGUGUUGCUCCAAAGGAUUCUGUGUCCGAUGAAGAAGAGGAAAGUGAGAUAGGGUAUGACAAUGAAGUUCACCAAAUACAAGAUGUUGAAAGCGCGUUGCAGGGUUCUCCUAGUCAGCAGGCCAUUGAAGAUGUUGCAGAGAGCUCUCAGAAAAGAUUAGCGAGUGUCUCGAGGGAAUCACCUAGUCAGCUUCAAGGCUCCAUGGUGUCUCAAAAUAGUUCUGGUAGAUCUGAAGUAAAGAGAAGCCGAUCAGGUAAAAAGGCUAAAAAGCGGCAUGGGCGCCAAAAAUCACAACACAAAGUGGAUGAGCACUUGGCAUUUGAAAAGGAGAGUACGUCACACCAUGAAGAUGGGGCAACAAUGAGCGGAACAGAUCAAGGUGUGAGUUCCAGUUCACGUUUUGCUUCUCCGGAAGAUUUAAGAGGUAGGAAGACAUCAAUUGAAUCAAUACAGGAAUCAUCAGUGGAGCAGCUAUCAAAAAAAGGCAUAAAUCUCAGCAGAAAAUCUUCAGAACUGCUGAAGGAUGGUUAUGUAAUAGCUUUACAUGCAAGACAUCAUCCCGCUUUGCAUGUCUCCAGACAAAGAGUUAAAGGGGGUGGUUGGUUCCUCGACACAAUGCCAGAUGUUACAAAAAGAGACCCAGCGGCACAGUUCCUUGUGGUUUCUAGGAGCAAGGAUACAAUUGGGUUGAGAUCAUUUACUGCUGGAGGGAAGUUGCUACAGAUAAAUAGGAGAAUGGAAUUUGUAUUUGCAAGUCACAGUUUUGAUGUUUGGGAGAGUUGGACAUUUGAAGGCACUAUGGAAGAAUGUCGACUAGUUAACUGUAGGAAUCCUCUGGCUGUUUUGGAUGUACGCGUUGAAGUACUUGCAGCUGUUGGAGAUGAUGGUAUCACUCGAUGGCUUGACUAGGCAGUUUCUUGAACCACUGCGCAUGAUUUUUUAACAUAUGCUGUGCUGAUUCGUUUGGAAUGUUUACCACAAGUAGUUUUGUAAAGCAUUGAGUCUCCCUCAAAGCAAGAGUUGUAAGUUUUUAAAUGUAACUUUCAUUAUUGCCUCCUGUCAGGGUUCUUUCUUUCCAUGACAAUGGCUUAUUGUAUUUUGAGGAUUCAAAAAUAGGCUUGCCUUUUGUUUUGACUGUUGCUUUUUUAAUGGACAUUUGCAUGCUUUGCGAGUAA